AGCCUCUGUCAGUCGACUUUGGAACGCACAGACGUGUGGUUAUCUCAGCAACCUUCUUUAAAUCAUUUUAGAUGGAAAACUUCUACUGGCGCAACAAGGUGGCGGUGGUCACCGGUGCCUCCGUGGGAAUCGGAGCCAGCACAGCCGUGGAACUGGCCAACGCCGGAAUGCAAGUGGUGGGACUGGCCCGACGAGUGGAGCUCAUAAGGGCCCUGAGCGACCAAGUGACCGGCGAUGGCAAGAUCCAUGCCCGUCAGUGCGACCUUAGCGAUGAGGAGCAACUGACAAGCACUUUUGCCUGGAUUCGGGAAGAGUUCCACGCCAUUCAUGUGGUCAUCUGCAAUGCUGGCAUCCUGAAGGCCAAUUUCCUAAGCGAGUCACCGACCAAGGACAUCAAGGAGCUCUUCGACACCAAUGUGGUGGCCACGGCCACCUGCCUGAGGGAAGCCCUGAAGCAGAUGGCAGCGGGAGGAGAACGUGGCCACAUUGUGGUUAUGAACAGCGUUCUCGGACAUCGGAUUCCGGAAGUGCCGGUGCCCUUAUUCAGCGUUUAUCCGGCCACGAAGCAUGCAAUUACGGCCCUUUGCCAAACGGUGCGCCAGGAAAUACAUUUUCUCAAAUUAAAUAUUAAAUUAACGAGCAUCUGUCCGGGAAUGGUGGACACCGAUUUCCUCAGUGUUUAUUCGCAGGCGGUGGCCGAGCUGCCGAAGCUGCAGGCGCAGGAUGUGGCCAAGGCCGUGGUGUAUGCUUUGAACACCCCCGACGGUGUCCAGGUGGAGGACAUCAUCCUACAGCAGAUGCGGAGGGUCAAUUAACUCAUCUCAGAAUGGCACUUUCAUUGAUUUAUGUAUUUCUUUGAUUGAAUGUAAAAUUAUUAAAUUUGUCAGAGCUUCGCCGAAAAAGUCAUUUUUUCCAGGGAUGGGCACGGGAGGGUUUAUUCCUUUACAAAUAUUUACGAGGGAGCCUAUAAAAAUAUUUUAUUUGAAAAAAAUGCUGCUAAGUAAGCCAUGGAAUCAAUAAUUUUUCAACUUUGGAACUUUACUGCCCAACUCUCAUCAGUCUGGUCGAAGCAGUGCCGAGGGCAUUCAGUUCCAGGUGCUUGCCGGACCCUUGGAUUUCACGAAUCCUCGGAUUCCAAUUCAGCUGCUGCUGAAUUGGACUGCGAGGAUUCCCUGUUGUAUCCCUUCGAUUGUCCCUAAAGUUGUGAAGGAGAUGAACUAGUUAUCCCAUUUUCAACCACAUCGGGUUUUAUGCCAAGAUGGUAAGAUUCCCAAACCAGUCAAGGGCCUGUAAUUGGCAGAGUCUUCAAGAGACUUCUUCUGCCUGAGGCGUAGAUUUUUCCCUGUCCUGAAAUUUUGAAAAUCUGAGCUGCAAAGUCCUGUCUAACAUCGAGAAAAUGGAGUCUUUAAGUUUGGCUCUUCUUCUCUAGCAUCUGUUUAAUGCCUUAUGCCAAAAUGGCGAAAUAAGAAGUUCAUUCCAAUGGAAGCAAAUCAAGGGGCUUCCAUGAGACGUCUACAAUCUUCAAGUAGAGUAUGGCACUGCCCUUAAAUCUUAGAACCCCUUGGAACUAGAAGUCUGAGCUUUGGACGCCUGGAUCUUCUUCUCUAGCAUCUACCUGUGUUUGGCUAAAAAUAUAAAAUAAAUAUUUGCAUUUACUAAAA